AUGUUGCCAAGUCUAUUACUGAUAUUAUUGUUUGGAGGAGCUUUGGCAAAUGUAACAGAAUUCAAAAAUCCGGAACUGGACUUUCCAGAAUUGGCAGGAAAACGUAAGUUCACAUUAUGAGUGAUCUAAUACAGGCAUAACCUGAAAGAAGUCUACAAGGCCGAGCCAAAGCAAAUUUGAUAGGAGGGCGAAGGAGGAUACUGGGCCAAAAAAUUCCAAAUAUUCUGGCCCGGCCUCUUUACAAGUCUAGGCUAAACGUAUUUUUAAGCUUUUUUAAUGUGUUUCUGCUGAUGCCAAAUCAAGGUCUAGCUCGGCCUUUUUACAGUUUUAAAUACAGGGGGUGUAGUUAAAAACGUCGCAUUACCUCCCUCCUCCUCCCGGCUCCUUUUUCUUAAAUUUAAAAAUCUAUUUCACUAACUUCAAAACCUUUAGCUCUAGACAUAAUGAAGCUUCUCAACGAGAACAUUGCUGACAUUCUGAUCUACGGUCUGAUUCAAAAUGCAAAGAAUCAAACUUUCGAAUUCGGUGAAGCUCAAAACUCUAUUCCAAGACUAGCCAACUUGUCGAUUGAUAACGUCGAUGUCUUUUGGCCAUUCCUGUUUACUACGGUAUUUAACAACUUGAAAAAUCAAAUUAUUGUCGACUACUGGACAUCAUUCGAAAACUCGACUAACCUUACUCUAAAAUACGACGACAAUUUCAAAAGUUCGUUUAUUUUGUUUGGCAAAAAACAAAAUAUUACACUUGAUGGUGAGACCGAUGACUAUGCUUUGUAUCUAGGUUGUCUACAAAAUCUACCUGAAUAUAUUAAAGACAAGGUGAAGGUAGAAGCAUUUGAUGUUGAGAUUAUGAAGAAGUACAUUAUCAACAGGUUUGGAGGUUUUCGACCAAUGUUUUUGACGUCAUUGAGACUGCCAAUGCCAGUAGAUCAAGAAAAGUUCGAAAAGUCAUACAGAGCCAUGACAAAACAUUCUGUCCAGUAUCAAGGCAUCAUAUUGAACAAGAUGGAAGAUGUCAUUCAUGACUACUACAAGAAGGAGAAUGUGACCAUGGCUGAGUAUAAGUUGAAGGACAAUUGCUAUCUUCGACGUUAUCGAGCUGAUAUUGACUUCUAA